UGGAUACACAUGCUGAAUUUCAUUUCUGAAAGGUGGAGUAAGAGCCUGGGCACCUGACUCUGGCAUCAGUGCUGAAUGCCUGAAACUGGAUGGUGCUACAGCCUCAGCUUAGGAAGUAAUGCAACAACUUUUCCUAUGAAGAGAGAGUUCAGCAAUGGAAGACUUUGAAGGAGAAAGGCCUAUAUGAGGAUGUGGAUUUAACUGAUAUUAUGAUAUACAAAAUCCCUCCCCACAUGAGGAAAAGAGCCCUCUCAUGGUAAUGUUAGAGGAAUAGCAGUUGGAGACAACCUGCUGCACUCUGCUACUCUGUGAGACAAACAUCAGUAAAGGCAAGCAGCAAGAAAAGAAGGGCUCUUCAUGAGAAAAUGACAGCAAGAGAACACAGUCCCCGCCAUGGUGCCAAAUCCCGCACUGUGCAGAGGGCCUCCACCAUUGAUGUCACCUCUGACAUGGUUGGCCUUUCUCUAACAGGAAACAUUCAGGAUCCAGAUGAGCCGAUUUUAGAGUUCAGUUUAGCUUGCAGUGAGCUGCUAACUCCGUCGCUAGAUCGAAAACCAAAUAGUUUUGUAGCAGUGAGUGUAACUACACCUCCCCAGGCAUUCUGGACGAAGCAUGCACAGACAGAAAUUAUUGAGGGAACGAGUAAUCCUAUCUUUCUAAGCAGCAUUGCCUUUUUCCAAGACUCUCUUAUCAAUCAAAUGACACAAAUCAAACUCUCUGUGUAUGAUGUCAAAGACAGAUCUCAGGGAACAAUGUAUUUGUUGGGUUCUGGGACGUUCACCGUAAAGGAUCUUCUUCAGGAGAAGUACCACAGAUUGCACAUAACACUAAGGUCCUCCUCCAAAAAAAUCUCAACGCAGAGUAUUUGUUGCAGGUCGGCUGAAAGUGACCGUGUAGGUAACAUCACAGUUAUUGGAUGGCAGAUGGAGGAAAAAUCUGACCAAAGGCCUCCAGUCACAAGGUCACCUGAUACAAUUAAUGGAAGGACUGUGUUGCCAGUUGAUGAAAGUUUAACAGAAUCUUUAGGAAUCAGAUCCAAAUAUGCUUCAUUGCGGAAGGAUGCACUGCUGAAAUCUGUGUUUGGUGGUGCCAUUUGCCGAAUGUAUCGUUUCCCAACCACUGAUGGAAACCACUUGAGAAUCUUGGAGCAGAUGGCAGAGAGCAUCCUGUCACUGCACAUCCCCAGACAAUUUGUGAAGCUGCUUCUAGAAGAAGAUGCAGCAAGGGUUUGUGAACUAGAAGAGUUGGGAGAACUGUCUCCUUGUUGGGAAAGCCUUCGUCGACAAAUAGUUACACAGUACCAAACGAUUAUUUUAACUUACCAGGAAAAUCUAACUGACCUGCACCAGUAUAAAGGUCCUUCAUUUAAAGCCAGUAGCUUGAAAGCUGAUAAAAAAUUGGAAUUCGUUCCUACAAAUUUACAUAUACAGAGGAUGAGAGUCCAGGAUGAUGGAGGAUCAGAUCAGAACUAUGACAUAGUCACCAUAGGAGCACCAGCAGCUCAUUGUCAAGGCUUUAAAUCAGGUGGCUUGAGGAAGAAGCUGCAUAAAUUUGAAGAGGCAAAGAAACACAGUUAUGAGGAGUGUUGCACUUCAACAAGUUCCCAGUCUAUAAUAUACAUCCCACAGGACAUCGUUAGAGCAAAGGAAAUUAUUGCACAAAUCAACACCCUGAAAACACAAGUCAGUUACUAUGCAGAAAGGCUCUCAAGAGCUGCCAAGGAUAGAUCAGCUAAUGGCCUUGAAAGAACACUUGCCAUCCUAGCAGAUAAGACCCGGCAACUUGUCACAGUCUGUGACUGCAAGCUGUUGGCAAAUUCAAUACAUGGACUGAACGCUGCAAGGCCAGACUAUAUAGCUUCAAAAGCAUCUCCAACCUCUGGAGAAGGAGAACAAGUGAUGCUAAGGAAUGACCAAGAUACACUUGUGGCCAGAUGGACGGGAAGAAAUAGCCGAUCUUCUCUGCAGGUGGACUGGCAUGAAGAGGAAUGGGAGAAAGUUUGGUUGAACGUCGACAAAAGUCUGGAGUGUAUCAUACAGAGAGUGGACAAACUUCUCCAGAAGGAGCGCUUGCAAAGUGACAGCUGUGAAGAUGUUUUCCAGUGUGACGUCAGCAGUACUAGUAAGAAAGGUAAUCGGGACAGUCGUGCCUACUGGAUAAAUCCAGAAGAUUUAAAUGAGACCUCAUCAUCCUCACCACCUUCAUCAUCCUCACCACCAUCUUCAUCCACACCAUCCUGUGCAUGCCAUUCUCUCAAGACAAAUUGCAGCCCUACUCCGGAAGAAUCUGCCCCAGGUGAAUGGAGCGAAGCUCUUUAUCCCUUGCUGACCACACUCACUGACUGCGUAGCCAUGAUGAGUGACAAGGCAAAGAAAGCCAUGGUCUUUUUAUUAAUGCAGGACAGUGCCCCGACAAUAGGGCUCUGCCUGAGCCUUCAGUAUCGCAGGGAUGUUGUCUUCUGCCAGACUCUGACAGCACUCAUUUGUGGUUUCAUUAUCAAGCUGAGGAACUGCCUGCAUGAUGACGGAUUUCUAAGACAACUCUACACCAUUGGCUUGCUGGCACAGUUUGAGAGCCUGCUGAGCACUUAUGGUGAGGAGUUGGCAAUGCUGGAGGACAUGAGUUUGGGAAUCAUGGACUUGAGGAAUGUAACCUUUAAAGUAACUCAGGCUACAUCAAACACAUCUACUGACAUGCUGCCAGUCAUCACUGGAAAUCGUGAUGGAUUUAAUGUGAGGAUCCCCCUGCCAAGCGCCUUGUUUGAUUUGUUGCCGCGUGAGAUUCAAAGUGGAAUGUUACUGAGGGUUCAGCCUGUUCUUUUCAACGUGGGAAUCAAUGAGCAGCAAACCCUAGCAGAGAAGUUUGGAGACACCUCACUGCAAGAAAUAAUUAACAUGGAAAGCUUAGUGCGGUUGAAUUCAUAUUUUGAGCAGUUCAAGGAAGUUUUGCCUGAUGAUUGUCUACCUCGAUCUCGUAGUCAGACGUGCCUGCCUGAACUGUUAAGAUUUCUGGGACAAAAUGUACAUGCAAGGAAAAACAAGAAUGUUGAUAUCCUUUGGCAAGCUGCUGAGAUAUGCCGCAGACUUAAUGGUGUUCGAUUUACGAGCUGUAAAAGUGCCAAGGAUAGGACUGCCAUGUCGGUCACCCUGGAGCAGUGUUUGAUCCUACAGCAUGAACAUGGAAUGGCUCCACAGGUCUUCACUCAGGCUCUGGAGUGUAUGAGGAGCAUUGGAACACGGGAGAUAGUCACCCAGAAGAACUUGAGUGGCUUGGUGCCCAUCCGAGAUUUCAGACUAGAUCCCAGCCUCCUCUACUCCAUUCCUUUACUAGCUCUCAGCCCCAAUUUACUGAUUGUGUGGCUGUUUCUGAGCAUAGCAUACCUGGUGGCCAGAUUACGUUGCAAGUGAAAAUAGAGUUUAAAAACAAAAAAGAAAAAAAAAACCAACAAAACAAAAAACACAAAAACAAAAAAGUGCUUGAAUGUGUAUUGCCACUUGGUACCUGCUGGACAAAGGAAUGUGUCAUAGCAUUGUCUGCCAAGAAUUAUUAUUAUGCCUUACAAUUUUCCGUUUCUAUUGUACUAAACUGUAAAUAUACAUCAAAUUAUUUUAUCGAAAAGAAUUGUAUUGAAACUUUAAAUUAUUGUUCUGCUUUCAGUGCUUGUAACAUAGUCUGACAUUGGCCCGUUACCUCGUUACUUUACCCGGCCUGGAGAUCUCUUACCAAAUACAGUUUUGUGUUAUUUGUUUCAUGUAUUCCAGAGAAAGGAACUCUGUCUGAAAAAAAUUUGUAUCUUUUUGUAUAUUUAAGGUGUAUGCUAAUCUUGCCUUUCAUUUUUAUGAGGUAUGAAGAGAAAAAUAAAAACAUGGGUGGGGUUUAUAAGAAAUUGUAAGAAAUUUAUUUAAAGAAGUAACAAAUUUAUACCUUAAUUUCAAAGCAUACUAUCCAAAUUACAUUACUGAACAGUUUGUAGAACCAUAGUCUUGUUCCUUUCUCAUGGUUAAAUAUAUUCUAAUAGACUAGAAAACACUCAGAAAACAACUUGCAGUGUGCUGCAUGCAGAAUUAUUUCAUUCUAUUUGUAGAUCUGCAUUUUGCAAUGUAUUAAAGACAUGAGGAGAAUGACUUGUGGUUAGGAAGGGGAUGUGACUGGCAUUAGCCUGCUAAUGAUCCAUUAUCUAUUUUAGGUGCUCUGUUAUAGAACUUACUGUAAAAUAGGGUCAUCCUAGAAGUUAAAGAUAAUGGUCUUUAAUUUUCCGGCAAGAAGAGGGAGGUAUCAGUUAACUCCUUUUGUAGGUGGGUUUCAGGUUUUCCACUCGGCUUUAUUUUAAUUACAUUAGACUAAAUAUUAGUGUUACUUCCAUUUUUAAGCGUUGCACAGCUUUAAUAAAUUAUGAUGCUGAUAGGGACUUAGUGAUAAGUGAGCAAUGGUAAGUUAACAUUUAUUUAAGUGGUGAGACGAAAGUGGCUUCCUAGUUUAGUGAUGGAGAGUAAUUGCAGAUGAAAUUAGAUUGUCAUUUAUAUAUAACGUGAAACUAAGGGAGGCCUGUUUAAACUGAAAGAUUUUGUUGCUGCUGUGGUCUGGCAGAGCUUGUCAAUAGCAAUAGCUGAUAAAAAAACUAACCUCAUUUAAUGUAGUUUGAUAAAUUCAUAAAGAGUUUUACUUCGCUUGGUGCCUGAGAUGACUUUGGGCUUCUGAGGAGAACUAGUACUGUGAUUUGUAUUUUCUACUAUUAUUAACUUGCUCAAAAGAUAUAGGUAGCUUUAGCUUUUAUUAUCAAUUUUAAUGGAAUUGAGAGCUGCUGAGAGAAGUAUGCUGAAAUAAAAAACCAAAAAAGUACAGUUAGAAUAAAAAUCAGAAUUAAAUCCUAAAUUUGGAUUUAAUAAUUCUAACUUAAAAAAAAAAAAGCGUGUGGUUGUAUUUGUGUCUUCAUGAAAUCAGACUGUACAGUACACUAUCUCUUAAUAUUUUUCCUCACUAUUCUUCCAAUUUUGUUUUUAAAAGAAAAAACAAAACAAAACAAAAAAAACCCCACAAAGACUUAUAUGUUUAUAUAUCUAUAUAUAUAAAGCACGUAUCCUAUUUAUUAUUAUCCUAUUUAUGCAAUUAGUUUUGGUACAUCCUUACUGCUGUUAAGGUUUAUCAGGGUGUGGUGGUUUUGGACAUAUCCCUGUGCUGUGCUGAUGCCUGAUACUGCUGUGUCUCCAUACCCAUCAUCUCUUCUUCAUGUUUAGCACUGGUUUGUUUGCUCUGGGUGCCCCAGGCUACCUGUUUACAAAGUGAGCAGUUGUCAGGUUGGACUGUGGCCUUGACCUUGCAAUGUGGAGAGUGUCCUGGGUUCAGCCUAACCAGAUGUGAAAGUAACUUUAGUAGAAUCACAGAAUAUCCUGAGUUGGAAGGGACCCACGAGGAUCAAGGGUCAGUUCCUGGCCUGGCUCAGCCAUCCCCGCAUGUGCCUGAGAGCGUUGUCCAAACACUUCUUGCACUCUGGCAGACUUGGGGCCAUGACCACUUCCCUGGGCAGCCUGUUCCAGUGUCCAGCCACCCUCUGGUAGUAAGGUGGCAGGCAUAUCCACUGAACUCCCUGAGAUUAUUAAUCUGUUUGAAGGUGCUGCUUGUGAUUACCACUAGCGUUGCAGUAAGACCACCUUAAAACCAUUUGGAAUGAAAGCCUAGGCUUUGUGAAAACAAUGUAGGUUUUUUAUUUUCUUCUUGAACUAGGUGGGGACAAGUUUGGGGUUUUUUUCUUUUUGGAGCCUGGUCUGUGCUUUUGUUAAGGCAUCCAGAUUUCAGAUGCAGUAGUGCAUCCUGCUUAUGUGCCUCCAAGAGAAGGAAGAUGGCAUGUGAAAUGUGUGAAAUACAUCUUUGUCACUGCUCCAUGAGGGACACGUGCAAUAACCAGAUGCUGUGAAAUGUGUUAUAAAGAGAAUGAUUCACUUUGGAGUCAAAAUGCUCACCUAGCAUCCCAUAUUUGCCAGUUAAACUUACUGCUUUUAUUAGUACUCCGAAGUAUGACUUGUGCAAACUUCUGAUGUAUCUCUUUGGCUGCAACAGCCAUCGGGGGAGCUUUGAAACACAAACCAGUGCCAGAAAAAUAGUGUCAUCACAGAUGAUCCAUUCUAUAAAAGGCAAGCACAGAAUGUGCUCUGGAGACAAAUUUCAAACUUAGUUAAACUGUUCCUUAAAGCAAAAAGAAAAAAAAAAAUUACUGUAUUUUAUGAAGCCAAACUAGGUGUUACAUACAGAACAGUUACAGCCAGUUCCAUGAACCAAAAUUAGAAGAACGGUGAGGUCUGUAAGAGCACGAGAGCUUUCAAACUGAACCAGAAUCCAAACCCUUCUUUUGAAUCAGAUGAUCUCACCUUACCUGGUAGAUGCUGCAGCCAUCUCCAAGACAGGACUAAUGUGUCAUUUCCACCACAAGAUGCUGUACUGUACACUUUGCCAUGAAGGUCUGGUAUUCAUUGUUUAGGUUCCAGUCCUCAAUCAGGGAAAGACAUUCUCCUGCAAGCCUAAAUUGAUUUAUAAUAUGUGUUUAAAACAUAGUGCUUCCUCUUUGUAUGUCUGUUUUUUGGAUAUAAUCAAAGGAACUCUGAAUUAGAUUUACAAGUGUAAAGAAGCCUUAUAACUGGAGUAGUUUUCUAUUGUAGCACAGAACCUCUUUGUAAUGUGGGGCGGUUGCACCAAAACGUUGGGGGAAAAUUAAAUUCUGCACAGCUUUGUUUCUUUGGGGUGAUGACUGUCAAUGCAGCCAGUCUUUUUUGCACUGCUAUUUCAUGAUUAGGACUUCUUUUUAGACUGUUGGUUUUCAAGUCCAUUUAUGCAUGCAGAGAUAACUGGAAAGUCAUACAUUAUUUUUGUAUCAGCUCUAAUCUUGAAGUAAGUACUUACAAUACUGAUAUACAGGGAACAAUAAAAUUACUUUAAAGCUCUUACAGAGAGAUCAGCAGGUUUUGGUUUUCAGCUUUAUGUGUUAGUAAGUUAGCAGAACUGCUUAUAAGCAAUCCCUUGGGAUCCCUUGUGCAGUGAAUGGCAUGUGAACUCCACAACAGUGUACCUUGAAAUACAUGAAACCGGCACGAAAGAACCUUUUCGGUAGAUGUGCUGCUGCUUUCUAGAAAUGCAAAACUAGCGAUCAGACAUAGCUUGUGUCCAUUCUGUGUGCUUCUUACCAGCAUUGUAUGAUGAGUCAUCUUUUUAAUAUUUGCAGUGGCAAAUUAAUUAAACGCUCAUUAAAUAUAACCGACUUUAUUUUAAUGCUAUAAAAUAACCAGUUCAUUUCA